AUGAAUGGCACAGAUGGCUUUAUAAUGGCUAAAGAUAUCUUAAAAAGGAAAUUUGGUCAGAAUUACAUGGUGGCUAGGGCCUUUAUAGAUGAAAUAAUUGACGGGCCACCAGUUAAGAACGACGACUCGGCGGCAUUGGCUGACCUUAGUCAAAAAAUGCAAACAUGCGUCGUGACAUUAAAACAGUUAGGUUACCAGUCCGAUUUAAAUGCAAGCAGAACACUAGAAGCUAUUGUGGCAAGGUUGCCUUCGAAUCUCCGGUUUAAAUGGGCGGAAACAGCGGUAGAUUAUAUGAAACAAGAUACAGAGCCUACCUUUGAGGACUUAGCUAGGUUUAUCGAGGAACGUGUCAACAUAAUGUGUACGAGAUAUGGAGAACUCGCAGCAAAUUUAAAGUCAGAUAAACGAGUCCGGAACGUUGUUUCUUCUCAACCACCGAGUACAAAAAGGAACGUGUUUACAUUGAAGCACUCGCCUUCAAGUCAACGUCAAGAAAGGUAUUUAGUGUGUAUCUUAUGUAAAGACAACCACUUUCUAGACCAGUGUCCAACGUUGCUAUCCCUUGAAGUAGAUAAAAGGUUAGAUCUAAUCAAGGAGAAAAGGUUAUGCCGAUUAUGUUUAAAGGCUAAUCAUAUAGCUAAGGAUUGUAGAUUGCGCAGAGGAUGUACCGUGGAGGGUUGUGGUGGUAGGCACCAUACAUUGUUGCAUGUUACGACGGACGUCUCACCAUCUAAUGCGAAUGUUGCUACUAAUUACGUUUCAAAUUCCCGAGCGGAAAAUGAAGAACCUAAGGUGGCAUUUGCAGUGGUCCCAGUAAUUCUCCGCAAUCGUGACCGUACGGUAGAAACUUUAGCAUUCUUGGAUAGCGGCUCUGACUCGACAUUGGUACUUAAGGAUAUUGUCGACGAUUUAAAAUUACCUAUGGAAUAUGCCCGUGUUCGGAUAGAGACUAUGAAUGGUUACAGAGAGAUGCGGACAAAUGCGGUACAACUAGAAGCUAGCUCAUACGAAUCUGAUGAGUCAAUUCGGAUAGAAAGAGCAUAUGUUGUUCCCAGUUUGCCUAAGAUUAAGCGAGUGGUACCAGAGGAGAAGCAGCUUCGAUUGUGGCAACAUCUGCAGGGAAUAGACCUGAGGAGAUGUGAAAGUAAGCGAAUAGGACUACUGGUUGGCUGCAAUGUUCCUGAAGCACAUAGAAACUUAGAACAAAGGUUAGGAAGACCGGAGGAACCGUACGCGAUAAAGACCAUAUUUGGUUGGACACUGAUAGGACCCCUUGGUACUCAUGUCACAAGACACAUAAAGCCAAAUCAUCUCAGUCUCUCAGAAAUUGAAAGUACUCUUGAAAGAUUCUACCAGCAAGACCUGUUAGAGGAAAGUCAGUCUAAAGAUAAAGAUUUAUCGAUUGAAGAUAGAACCGCACUCAGAAUCAUGGAGAAGUCUAUCACGUUAAAGGAUUGUCAUUAUUGUAUAUCACUCCCGUGGAAAGAUUCACAGUUAGAAUGGACGGAUAAUAAGUCGUAUUGUUUGCAUCGUCUGAACGCUUUACGCAAACGACUGUGUACCUCUAAAGAUUUAGCUAGACGCUAUGCGGAUGCAAUGAAAGAUUACCUUAUAAAGGGAUAUGCAGAAAUUGCGCCACCGUUAAAUGAUAACUCUAACGUAUGGUACUUACCGCAUCACCCUGUCGUCCAUCCAGCGAAACCAGAGAAAAUUAGAAUAGUAUUCGAUUGCGCUGCUAAACAUGAAGGACGAUCAUUAAACGACAGGUUACUCUCUGGUCCGGAUCUUACUAAUUCGUUAUUGGGUGUAAUUCUUAGAUUUAGACAAGAAAGGGUAGCAGUAAUGGCUGACAUCGAAGCAAUGUUCCACCAGGUUAAAGUACCCGAAUGCGAUAGAGACGCUCUGCGUUUUUUAUGGUGGACGAACGGAGAUUUUACUGACAGCCCUGAAGAACUUCGCAUGACAGUCCACCUAUUUGGAGCAACCUCUUCUCCUAGUUGCGCUACGUUUGCUCUUAAUCGUACCAUCAAAGAUAACAAGGAAAACUAUGACAAAGAAGUUUACGACAUGGCUACACGUAGUUUCUACGUAGACGAUUGUUUAAUUAGUACUCCCAAUACUGAAACAAGUUAUCGAGUAGCAACUCAGUUGAAAGAUAUGUUAUCAAAAGGUGGAUUCAACUUGACUAAGUGGAUUACUAAUGAUUCAACAUUAGCUCAACUGCUACCUGAGUUUAAUUGUAUCGGGCCAUGUGUACACAUCGGGCACGGCGAUCAUACCACUUGUCGAGCUUUGGGCAUAAGUUGGAAUAUAAGCGAUGAUACCUUUCGUUUUUAUGUCGGGAGGGUAAAUGAACCUGUUACACGUCGUAAUGUAUUGUCAUUUGUCGCCUCCAUAUUCGAUCCCAUGGGUUACCUAGCACCUGUUAUUCUCCCAGCGAAACUUAUCCUUCAGAAACUAUGCAAAAUGAAAUUUUCUUGGGAUGAUUUAAUAGUAGGAGAAGAACUAAAGGUUUGGAGAAAAUGGCAAGGAAGUCUUACUCAUAUAGAAAAGAUAGUUUUGCCUCGGUCAUUAAAUGCAGCCGAAUGUACUGGAAUCGAACUACAUAUGUUCAGUGAUGCCUCUAAUAAUGGAUACGGAGCAGCAGGGUAUUUGCUACUACUGAAACAGCAAAGUGUUAAAGAAUGUCGUCUGAUAUUCGCUAAAGCUAAAGUAGCACCUAUUAGGGCUACGAGUAUACCACGUUUAGAAUUGGCGGCAGCAGUUUUGUCUGUGAAAAUCUCCAAGUUUAUCCGAACAGAGAUGACUGUUACCAUACUCAAAACAGUUUAUUGGACUGACUCUCUCGUCGUACUCCAUAGCAUAAACAAUGCUUCCAAGAGAUUCCCUACGUUUUUUGCUAACAGGUUGGUCUAUAUACAGGAACAGACGAGGCCAUCAGACUGGCGUUACGUUAGUUCUAAGCUCAACCCAGCGGAUCUGCUUUCCCGAGGGUUCAUAGUAAACCAAGAACGAAAAUUAAAACGAUGGCUUAGUGGUCCAACAUUUUUAUUGCAGGGAUAUGUUCAGCAGGAACCACACCAGAACACUAAUGCAUGCUCCUAUAUAAACUAUAUGUUGUCAAAUAAAGAUUUAUAUCCAAACGAGAAUCAACCUACGUUUCUGAGUCGAUUCGAAGCUGUGAAUUCAUGGAUGAAAUUACAACGAAUGAUAGCUUGGCUUCUACGUUAUAAACAUCUCUUGAUGAACAAAUUAACUAACCAACAAAACCUCACAGUCGCAGAGUUAAGAGCGGCUGAGCUCAACAUUAUCCGAUUGGCGCAGAAGGAAUGUUUCAAUGAUGUAUUUAAGCUGUUGAAUCACGUCCCGGUGGUGACGAGUGAGAAGGAGGUCGACCGAACAAUUAAAGUAGCAUUAUGCAAGUCUUCCAGUCCACUACGUCACUUGAAACCAAUUACGGUUAAUGGAGUAAUAAGAGUUGGUGGGCGCUUACAGCAAUCAGGUCUACCCUUUGAAGUAAGGCAUCCGAUUAUACUACCGCAUAAUCAUUUUAUUACCCGUUUAAUUAUUAGACAUUAUCAUGAAGCGAAUGGACAUAUGGGAGUAAACUUUCUGAUUUCAACAAUCAGUGAAAGAUAUUGGAUCAUUAAAGCAGUGAAAACCAUCAAGUCGGUUCUCAAUAAUUGCUAUAAGUGUCGUAAGUGGUUCUCUCAACCUUGCCAACAGGCUAUGGCACCCCUACCAGAAGAUCGUUUUAUGUACCACUGUAAUCCAUUUACUGUGACAGGUGUCGAUUAUUUUGGACCACUAUUUGUGAAACGUGGACGGACCGUGGAAAAGAGAUACGGCUGCUUGUUCACUUGCUUCAGCUCAAGAGCGGUUCAUUUAGAAAUAUCCAAUACCCUAGAUACCGAUUCUUUCCUUUGUGUCUUUAGCCGAUUUGCGGCACGUAGGGGCUACCCACAACGCCUGUAUAGUGACAACGGCAGCAACUUUAAAGGUGCAGAAAGGGCAAUAAAGUGUUUAAUGAGAGCUUGGAACCAAGAAAAAAUAUCGAAAAACCUUGCCGCCCACAAUUGUGACUGGAUAUUUAACCCUCCAAAGGCUUAUCAUCGAGGAGGAAUAUGGGAGCGAAUCAUCAAAACUAUUAAAAGAAUAUUAGUAGUUGUUCUCGACGAACAACCGGUCACCGAUGAGGUAUUACAUACGACUCUAGUGGAGAUAG